GUAGUAAAAACUUGCAAUGACUACAAGUAAUUCAUAAAAGCGCCGUACUUUCACCAAAACAUACGUACACCUGGAAUGUUCGAAGAAUUAAAAGCCUGAUUGUUAGCUAUCUUAUUGGUGUCCGUCGCUGUGGUUUUGUGUGGAGAUGACCAAAGUUCUAAGGUUACGACUUCAGUUAAAAAAUCUAUAGUUUUUGACUCUAGAAAGCAAGAUAAAAGAGGUCUAAUUGAUUUUGGAUAUGGUUUUGCAUCUGCUAAUAGUAAUAUGAACACCAAUACCAAUAAUCCAUCCGGAACAGAUACUUUUACCGGUCGUGUCAUAUCCGACCACACUAUCAUCACCAACCAAGUACCAGUAACUGUGCCUCAUCCUGUGGUGUACCAUCUUCAAGUAACAAAGCCACUUUCUGCAGUCUACCAGGCCCAACCUGUCCAAUUUCGGCAAGUUGCAGUACCAGUUCUGCAAGUUCAGCAGGUUCAACAACAAUAUCCACUUUUGGUCACAAAACGUUAUUCGAAUCCAGCUGAUAAUAAUCCUAUCCAAGGACAUUUCUUCGUAAAAGCAGUUCCUGCAUCUCAAUUGGAUUUCGCGCAUGGAACUGGAUUUAUAGGAACUGCUUAUGAUGGUUAUGGAAGAACUGAUCAAAAUUUAGGGACCAUACAAGUACUUAAUAAUUGAUUUUUAGUGAUUGGUAAUUAAAUUAUAUAAAUUU